AUAUAAUAUUAUAUAAUAUAUUAUAAAACGCGAAAAAAAUAAAAGAAAAAAAAUGAAUCGUUUAUCUAAAAGUGCUUUAGAAAACGUUGCAAAACAUAAAUAUUCAGGUAUUGAUGACUCGAUUUUAGCAAAAUUAAUAUUACAAAAAUAUUGGAAUUUUUGUUUAAGAUUUGUUCCACUUUCAAUAGCACCAAAUUUAAUUACCUUAACAGGUACUAUUACAAUUUUAAUAUCAUUUUUUAUAGUUGGAUAUUAUUCACCAAAAUUAGAUGGUGAGUUACCAACAUGGGUAUAUAUAUUAAGCGGUUUAUCAUUAUUUUUCUAUCAAACUAUGGAUAACCUUGAUGGUAAACAAGCUAGAAGAACAGGAUCAAGCUCACCAUUGGGACAAUUAUUCGAUCAUGGAUGUGAUUCAAUUGUAUGCACAUUACAAUCAUUGAUCGUAGCAAGUGUAUUGAAUUACGAGUUGGGUAUUAUGCCAUUGGUUCAAACAUUUACUAUCGCAUUAUUACCAUUUUGGAUGGCAACAUGGGAAGAGUAUCACACUGGCACAUUACAUUUAGGUCCAAUCAACGGUCCAGAUGAAGGUAUUGUAAUUAUAGUUAUCACAUUAUUAGCCACCGGUUUUUUAGGCAGUUCAUUUUGGGUUAUUCGUCCUUUAGAGUCAUUCAAUUUCUUACCACAAAUCAUCUCUGGAUUAAGAUUGAACGAAAUCGUCAUUUCAUCAUUAGCAUUUCCAACCAUUAUAACAUGCUAUUUCAAUAUUAAACAUGUUGUACAUCAUCUUCAAUCAAAAAAUAAACCAGUUUUACCAGCUCUUUCUCAAAUUUUAGUUUGGAUUAUUAUUACUGGUUGUUCAUUCAUUUGGUAUUACACUUCAACCUUACUUUUAAAUGAAAAUUCAAUUUGGUUUACAAAUAUUAGAACUAUAUUAUUUUCAAUCGGUUUCAUUUUUGGUGAAUUAGUUAGUCGUUUAAUUUUAGCUCAUAUGUGCCAUGAAAAAUAUAAUAUAAUUCAAGCACCAUUGAUUCCAUUAUUAUUAGCAACUUUUGUUUCAGUUUUAAAUUAUUAUAGGGGUGAAGUUAUAUUCUCAGAAUACAUUUUAAUGAUCAUAUUUGCAACUUUUUCGUUGGUUCAUUAUUCAUUAUUUGUUAAGGAUACUAUUCAACAAUUAUGUUCCUAUUUAAAAAUCAAGUGUUUCAAAAUAACCCAAAAAAAACAAAAUUAAAUAAUAAAAAAGAAGCAAAUAAAUAAAUAUU